CAAAAAUAGCUUCAUUUCUUCUUCCUCGAUUUUUUAUUUAGAAAACCCUAAUUUUUUUUGUGAGGGAGGAGAUGAAGCUCUCGCAAUGUCGCUCGGUCCCGGUUCAUCUCUUGAUGAUCCCUUUUUGAUGAAACCCCCUUGGGAUCAUGUUGAUAUUUUGCUAUCAGAUGAAUAAAUUUGAUAAAAUGGAUGCUGCCGAGGUUGAGGAGAAAUUGUUUGCAGUUUGUGAUGCAAAGUUUCAUGUUGGCAUGUGCAAGCAACUUGCUACUAUUGUUUGUAGAAUAUUGGAGAUAUUUCCCGUUUUAGAAGCUUGUAGGCCAAGGAGUAAGUCUGGGAUACAAGCACUCUGCUCGUUGCACGUAGCUCUUGACAAAGCCAAGAAACUCCUUCAGCAUUGUUCAGAAUGCAGCAAACUUUACUUGGCUAUAACAGGGGAGUCCAUUCUUAUGAAAUUUGAGAAGACUGGAUGUGCUCUUCAGGAAAGUCUGAAGCGCGUGGAAGAAAUAGUUCCACAGGCUGUUGGUCAUCAGAUUAUGGAGAUAGUUGGAGAGCUGGAGAGAACCGUAUUUGCUUUGGAUCAGUCAGACAAACAGGUAGGAGAUGAUGUGAUUGCGUUGAUUCAGCGUGAUAUAAAAUCCAACAGUGACUUGAAUGACGGCUGUGAGCUUGAGAUCUUCCAUGAAGCUGCUUUAAAACUUGGCUUUACAUCUUCAAAAGCAGCUCUGAAUGAGAGAAGAGCCCUCAAAAAGUUGAUUGAGAGAGCACAGAUUGAGGAAGAUAAGCACAAAGAAACUGUUGUCACAUUUUUGCAUCAUAUAAUGAGAAGAUAUUCUAAGCUUUUGAGAAGUGAUAUUUCUGAUGAUACCGAUUCAUAUGGAUCAUGUCCAUGCUCUCCCAACCUCUAUUAUGAGACAAAUGGCCUGACCUUACCGAAACAAGUCUCUAAACUGAGUUCUUUCAAUGUUAAGCAAAAUGGAGUGAAGUCAGGAAACAUUUCAUUUCCACCAGAGGAGUUUAGAUGUCCAAUAUCCUUACAACUGAUGUAUGACCCUGUCAUCAUUUCAUCUGGACAAACUUACGAACGCGCUUGCAUCGAGAAAUGGUUUGGAGAUGGCCACAAUACUUGCCCAAAAACACAGCAAGAGCUCCCUCAUCUUGAUCUAACACCAAACUAUUGUGUUAAGGGCUUGAUUGCUAGUUGGUGUGAGCAGAAUGGAAUUAUAGCUCCUGAUGGCCCGCCAGAGGUUCUCGGCCUUAACUGUGGGAGAUUGGCCCUGUCAGAAUGUGAGGCCACAGAUUCCAAAACCAUCGAGAAUGUGGACUCUUUCCAUCUGAAGGAAGUAAUGGCGGUUCCAUUGGAGGAAAAUGGAACUCGAGAGGAAGAAGAGGAUGAGAUGGCCACUACCGUUGAUGAAUCUUGGCAUAGUGCUGAAGAUGAUGAGUACGAAAGCUAUGAAAGCUUGCUGGCUGCUCUUUGUGAUUGUCGGAGUUGGGGGAAGCAACACAGAGCAGUAGAGAAGAUCAGGUUUAUUCUGAAGGAUGAUGAGGAGGCAAGGAUCUAUAUGGGUGCCAAUGGGUUUGUUGAUGCGCUGAUUCACUUCUUGAGAUCAGCUAUUGAAGAAGAGGAUGUAAGAGCUCAGGAGGUUGGAGCUAUGGCUCUCUUUAACCUUGCUGUCAACAAUAACAGGAACAAAGCACUGCUAUUAUCAGCCGGAGUAAUUUCACUACUGGAGAAAAUGAUCUCAAACUCCAUGACGUGUGAAUUUGCUGCUGCACUCUACCUAAACUUUUCCUGCUUUGAUGAUGCCAAGCCCAUUAUUGGAUCAAGUGACGCUGUGCCCUUCCUUAUCCGUCUCCUUCACCCCAAGAGCCCCCAGUCUGUCUCCUGCAAGCACGAUGCUCUCUAUGCUCUCUUCAACCUCUCCACCUACCCACCAAACAUCCCCUUUCUCCUUCAUGCUGACAUCAUAGGCUGCUUCACCUCCCUACUCGCUGGCUGCACGUGGCCAGAGAAAGUUCUCGCUGUCUUCACUAACUUAGUCUCGAACCCUGAUGCAGAGAGAAAGAUGAUAGCAACCCCAGGGUUCAUUAGCUCACUGGCAAUGGCCUUGGACAACGGCGAACCACCUGAGCAAGAGCUGGCGGUAGAGUGCCUAUUUGUUCUAUGCAUCAGUGAUGACAACUGCAGCCACAUGGUGCUUCAAGAAGGUGUUAUACCAGCAUUGGUAUCGUUAACAGUGAACGGAACAGCAAGAGGGAAGGAGAAAGCUAUGAAUUUGCUGAAAUUGUUCAGAGAGCAGCGCCUGAGAGAGAAACCUCGGGUGCCAACAAAGCAAGAGCCGCCGAUGGAAGAAAGUAUCGAGGUGGUCCCCCCAGAAUCAAAGCCAUAUUAUUAUAGAUUAAGAACGAAGAAGUUGGGGAAGACGAUAAGUUCAUUAUUCAAGAGCAGCAAAAAUUCCUCAGUCAAUAUGCGGGUUAGGGACAGAUUGGGUUAAUAAUGGUUAAUGCUCAUCUCAUGUGUAAUUUCCUUUUUUCCCCCCUUUCCAAGUCUUUAAAUGUUAUUAUAUAUCUAUUCGUUUAUUUUUCUU